AGCUGGGAGGCAGAGAGUGAGAGUGAGAGAGGGAACUGGAGCAAAGGAGUGCGAGAAACGGAGGAAGGUUUGGAGGAGUCACCGAGAAGGUUCUGGGAAGAAGCUGGAAGAGGUUUUUUUGGGGCAUUUUCAGCAGGGCGGAGGAGCCUGGAGGGGAGGCGCUGCAGUGAAGCUCUGAGGAUGAAGAGCGGGAGGAAGCAUCGCUGAGGGAUGUACAGACAGGGCGAGCGUGCUGCUGGCUGGAUGUAAACACCGGGGGAGCGUGGUCAUUCGGGGGCUGCCCAUGUGAUAAAGCCCCGUAUCCCAGCCUUGGGAAGAGAGAGAGAGAGAGAGGUGGGCUGAGGCGGACAUCUUGUCAGAAGCCUCUGUCGGUUCUGCUGGGUUCUGCGGACCCAGCCCAGCGAGAUGUCCUGGGCUCUGCUCUCCCCCGUGCAGUGGGCCAAAUGGACCUGGUCCGCAGUUCGGGGCGGAGGAGAGGAGCAGGAGGAGGAGAUGAAGGAGGAAGAGGAGGAGGGAGAGACAAAGGUGGAGGAAGAGCUCUGUCGUGAGGAGGAUAGGCAGUUCCCUCGAUCUGGGAGCUCUGACUCCGAGGGCAAUUUUGGGACCCCAGAGGUGCACACGCCCAUUAGCGCCCCAGCAAAGGAGCUGGUAGAGCUGGAGGACCCCAACGCGAAUGGCACAGCAGGUCUGCCAGAGGAGGAUAGUCAGCUGAUCUCUGACACCGGUGGACUGCAUGACUUCCUGGACCAGAACUCCAAUCGGAAUGAGGUCCACCCCCCGGCUCCCCUGGCCAACGCCUCGGGUGAAGACACGGUCGAGCAGGAGGUGCACUUUGACGAACUCAACAAUCUGAGAGACGUGCAUCUGCUCCAGAUGGUCCCGCCACACGUCCACAAGUCGACCGGAGACGCCUUAGUCGUGCCUGAAGGUGCUACGGAGCCUCUCAAAGAGCAGCUCUGCAACGGCCACGCCGAAGAGGCACAGCCAAAGGCGAUACCCGAAAAGGUCAGGCCUUCACCCCUGAACAUGAGGGGAGCCUUGAACAGGGCCAACUCGAAGAAAGCGGAAGCCACCAGUGAGGAUGACAUCGAGAUCCCGGUCCCUAAAGCCGGCUACGGUUUUAACCCCGACUGGUAUGAUGACAACUUCAACCCGUUCUCCAGUGGCGGUUCCAAGCUACAGAACUCUCCACCCCCAUGCCGAUAUCCAACCGGUACCAGAGAGAACCUGGUUCCUGCCCCACAGUACUCACCCACUGGCUGGGUGGACUCACCUGCUGCCCAAGAUGACCCAGUCACCACCCGAGAAUACUCAUCCACCACCCGGAAAUACUCAACUGCUGCCCGGGAGGACUCAAUAGUUGUCCAAGAUGACCCGAUCACCACCUGGGAGGAUCCAACCACCACCCAGGAAUAUUCAACCACCACCAGGGAAUACUCAGCCACCACCCAGGAAAAUCCAACUGCCAUCCGGCAGGUCCCAACCGCUAUCCAAGGGGACUCAUUUGCUACCUUGGAGGAUCCAACCACCAGUGUGGAAGACCCAACUUCAACCUGUGAAGUUCCAACUGCUAACCAGACGGACCCUGCUCUUGCACCAGAGUACCGGACCACUGCCAGGGAAGUUCUGACUGCCACCCAGGAAGAUCCACCUGCCACCCUAGAAGAUCCAACUGCUGCCCGGGUAGACGCAGCUUCCACUCGGGAAGAUCCAGCCACACGAGAAGCGAAGCCCAUCAAGAUGGAAUUUGGACUAACAGAGGAGGGUACGGGCGGAGAGCCCAAGAAGCCGCCACUGAGGAAACUGGGAAAGAAGCCUGCCAGCAAACUGCUUGCCCCCAGGAAACACAAGCCCAAACCAGCUGAGCCGGCCCCAGCGCCAGCUGCCACUCACAGCUCAGAGGACGCCCCCGUGGCCAAGACCUCUCACAGCAGCAACGCUAGCGAGUGGGAUGACCCCAACUUCAACCCGUUUGGGAGCAAAGCCAAAAUGUCCAGCUCCCCAACACUCCCAAAGGGGUCUUACAGUUUUGACCCUGACAGAUUCGAUGACUCUGUGGACCCCUUCAAGCCCUCUAAAAGCCUAGGUGAGGCAAACACUUUGAAGGUGGCUCCUCCUGCAGAGAAGCUGGCUGAUGAACCUGCCAAGCACAAGCUGGAGCUCCCUCUGGAGGACGAGGAGAGGAAGGGCGGGCAGUCGCCAAAGAAGAGUAAAUCCAGGAUGAUUACGACAACUGAGCAAGUGAAGUUUCUCUGUUUUCUGUUGAACGCCUGCAAAGUGGAGAAGUAUGAAAAUCAGUCUCUGGUUUUGGAUGUGUGCGAUCAGGAGGAGGACGCUGUGGUGACCCAGGCCCCCAGCACGUCUCACAGAGUCUCCCGCGCCACGGACGAGGAGAAGCUGGCCUCCACGGCCAAGGGGGAGAGCGAGAACGAGGCCCUGGAGCGACACGCCCCGCCCGCCAGCCCCCCCGCCAAAACCAGGCCCCGCAGCGAGGAAUCUCAGAUGAAGACUGCAGACAGUUUUGAGGAGAAGGACUCCUGCUCCUUGAGCGAAGAACCGCCUGGGACCAAAAGCACAGAGCCUCGGACAGGAAGUGAGGCCGGCGAGAAAGGAAGCCCGGCUCUGGACUCCAUCUGCAUCAGCGAGGCAGACAAAGGGGCGGUGCUGACGCUGAUCAGAGAAGAGAUCAUAGCUAAAGAAAUUGAAGCCAGCCAGUGGAAGAGGAAGUUUGAGCAGAGCAGACAGGAAGUUGUGGAGAUGAGGAAGAUAGUGGCGGAAUAUGAGAACACUGUGGCCCAGAUGAUAGAGGACGAGCACCGCACGAACAGGACGUCCCAGCGGACCGUUCAGCAGCUGACCACAGAGAGGGACCAGGCGCUGGCCGACCUCAACUCAGUGGAGCGCUCCAUCUCCGACCUGUUCCGGAGGUACGAGAACAUGAAGUCCGUCCUGGAAGGCUUCAAAAAGAACGAGGAGGUGCUGAAGAAGUGUGCGCAGGAGUACCUGCAGCGCGUCAAACAGGAGGAGCAGCGCUACCAGACCCUCAAGCUCCACGCCGAGGAGAAGCUGGACAGUGCUAAUGAGGAGAUAGCUCUGGUGCGCUCCAAGGCUAACUCGGAGAGCAUAGCCCUUAACGCCAGCCUGCGCAAGGAGCAAAUGAAGGUGGAGUCUCUGGAGCAGGCCCUCCAUCAGAAGAACCAAGAGAUGGAGGAGCUCACCAAGAUCUGCGAUGAACUGAUAGCAAAGCUUGGCAAAACAGACUGAAGAAACGCCAAAUCCGCCACAAAAAAAGUGCCGUACCCAACACCUUCCCUUAAGACUUCGCCCAGGCCUCCUCAACGUCACACACGUGGCGGCUAGAAAGCUCCUCGCGCUGCCCAACCGCUAAACUGCUCCUGGUGAGCACGGGGCAGACUGGGCCGUUUCGUUUGCCCGUGGGGGAAGAAACCCACUUUCACCUCCUCUCUUCACACUGUUAAACAUACUAAACAAAAACUGAAAAUUUGAAAAAAGAAUUCAAACUAUAUACAAAAUAAAAUCCGCCUUUGGAGUACUGAGAAACAGAGUAGCCAGAUAAUGAAGAAAAAGUAUUUUAGAGGAUUUGAAGAUCAGUGUGUAUCCUCCUGUGUGCGUGUGUGUGUGUGUGUGUGUGUGUGUGUGUGUGUGCGUGUGUGUGUGCAGAUAUCACACACAUUUAUAAUUUCCUGGGUGGUUCAUAGUAAACAUUGUAAACAUCUAUAAACUGUUUUUCCAUUUAUGAAAUCUGGUUGGUAUAAUUGUACAGCUGUACAGGAAAUGACACAAGCAGGGGUCUAAAGCAUCUCUUCUCAGUACUCGGUUCACAGUGGACAGAGCCCAGUGUUUACGCAACCAAACUGCUGCUACCGGAAUGAGACAGAGAAGAAGAAAAAAAGUUGUCGCAACUUUAGUCCUCCAGAUAUUGUAAAGUGUAACUAGCAAGGCCUUUUCGUGUCAUUUAGUCUGUCCAUUAAGAGACUGUGCCUUUGGUGAAUUUGAUGGUUGUUUUGUUGUUGACUCUCACUCUGUCUGAACUACAGAAAGACUCCAACCCCUUCAGUAAUCCUUGUCAAAAACAUCACUGAUUGCCAAACUAUAAAUCUUCCCAGAAUUGCAACAUUCAAAGUUAUUUUAUAUCUGAAAGAUUGAUGCCCCUCUCAAUGGGGUCGGUGUUGGUGUGCAAGUCUGUCAGAAGCACAAGUGACCAAUCCAGCAGUCCUAUACUGCAUGGUUCAUUCUCCUCAGCCAAUCAGAAUUUACUCAGUAGCUGCCAUGUACUUUUAAUGUCCGGAAUUUGCGCUAAAGUUCUAAAACCACCAUCUCAGUUUCAGAACUGAGAAGGGCACCUUCAGCUGUAUAUGAAAGAAAUAAACCAGAAUAAGUCAUGCAUUCUCUGGAUAUAUACAAUAAACAUACAACAAUAUAUACUAUAUACAGUUGGCCCUGGUUAGUGCACUUUUUUUCUUGUUCACCCCAUUAUGAAAGAUUCUGCUGGUUAUGAAGAGCAGUGAUCUUCAUUCCUGGUCCUGGAGAGCAGCAGGGUGUGCUGGCUUUUGUUUUUGCCUUAAUAGCAGCAACCAAUUCAGACCAGGUGAGAUUAACUCUGUAAUUAACUGCUUUCAUUGAUGAAUUAAGUGCUGAGUAACAACCAAACAAAAAUCCAGCACACCCUGCGGCUCUCCAGCACCAGGUGUGAGGACCCCAGCACACCCUGCGGCUCUCCAGGACCAGGACCAUUGAUUAGACUAUCAUAGUUUUUCCAAAUUGUAUUUAAGAGGUCCCACUGUAUGUACUUCUGAAUAUGUACUUGGUUGGUGGUGUGGUUGGCAUGGAAUUUGGAUUACUGUUCUUCAUUUUAACCUGAAUAUGGCCCGAAAGAGGCAUUGUGUACUGUUUUGGCAUGCAACAUCAACAUGAAUUUAAAUUAUAUUGUAUAUGGGAGAUUAAAUAAUCUGGUAGGGUUUUCCCCAAUCGUGUGUAUCAGUAAGAUCUUUGAUUUUACUUUAAAAAUUAUUUUAGAUGCAGUCCUUGCUUCAGUUUGUUUUCAUAGAGUAUGCUUGAUCAUUACGAGUGUAGCUGAAAAGCACUUUGUUUUGUUUUUUCAUUCUUUUAACAUGCCAGGACAAACGGACUGCUAUUUUUAUACAGGUUUCUGUAAAUCACAAAUUUGACUUUUUUUAAAACAGGAAAUCAAUGUUAUAAAAUUAUAACAGCAAAACGUCAAACAGAGUACGAUUGCAGAUAAUCUACUUGCUUCAAGAUAUUAAGCUUAUUAAGCAUUCAUGCCACCACCCACACUACUAUGUCCACGGUAAAGGAGUUUCUAGGGGGAAUAGAUUGCUACAUUACGUCACUAUAGAUGGGCCUUAUCAGUAAAUGGUUUUGCCUCUUGGCAGAGAUUAAGCAGUAAGCCCCACUGUGCUGAAUAUCUAAGGAGUUGGCAGGAUAUCUAUAUACUGUUGACAGACAGCCAUCUUUUUACCGCACCUGUGGUGAAACCUUGUUUUGUCUUGAGGCAAUGGGCCCUGUGUCACCACGGCAACCACCUUUGCACCGUCAUCAAUACCAACACACUACUGUUGGCUACCAAAACUCACGGCCGUAUACGUGCCGAACAGAGACAGGCAGGGUCUGAUUCUGCCAUUAGUCUAACUGCUCUAGUGUGUUUACUAAACCCCAGAGCAACAAAUGUAAGCACAUAGUGGGCCAGUUUCACGGACACAUUAAGCUUAGUCCUUGACUAACUAGUUUUUCAUGGAGAGUCUCCAUUCAAAAUAGAAUUUAGUCGAGGACGAGGCUAAAUCUGUGUCUGCUAAACCGCCCCAUAUUAUCAUUUUAGAAGUUUGUUUCUCAUAUCGUAGUGGCCGGGAAACUCUUAUUUAUGCUGUGCAGGGAUUGGUUAAAAUGCGCAUGCUUGAAUGUGUUGCUGGAGUCGGGGACCAGGAGUCGUGACGGAAAAUCCACCUGUCCCCCGUUACGCUACAUGUAUUGUAUAUUGCCUUUCAAUUAUCCAUUGAUGCUGCAUAUAUUUUACCUGCAAAUAAGAUCUCAUUAUUUUUUUUAAGUGUAACUGACAUUUGUAAAGAGGAAAAAAAACAUAAGCAGAUGUAAGGAAGUUAUGUUUAUUAAUAUAUAUAUUUUGUUCUUAUUUCACCGCCUGAAUAAAAAUGAUUGUGAUUA